GAUGAGGUAGAGAAGGCCCACAACGAUGUCUUAACCAUACUAUUGCAACUGUUCGAUGAGUAAACAGUAAACUGAUUCCCUGUGCUGUGAAGACAUUGAACACACAGAACAAGAGUGUCCAACAGAGAGACAACUUUCUCAAAGAGGCCAACAUUAUGAAAUCUUUUGUCGACUGUCACCAUAUUGUCAAACUGAUUGGUGUGGUAUCUGUUGAAAACCCGGUGCUCGUACUCAUGGAAUAUAUGCCUAAUGGCGAUCUCAAGACAUAUCUGCGCCUCAAUCGACCCGAUAGUGACUAAAACCUUAAUCCACGAGUGCCGAUAUUUGUCCACAUAUUUUAGAAGGCCGUUGAAAUUGCCGACGGUAUGUCCUAUCUGGCCGCCCAUAAGUUUGUCCAUCGAGAUUUGGCCGCACGAAAUUGUAUGGUUGCCGAAGAUUUGACCGCUAAAAUUGGCGAUUUCGGUAUGACUCGCGAUAUCUACGAUUACGACUACUAUAGAAAACGUGACUGUUGUCUAUAACCUGUGCGCUGGUUGUCACCCGAAGCCCUCAAAGACGGCGUAUUUACCACUUAUUCGGAUAUCUGGACCUACGUUGACGAAUAAUGCAGUUUUGUUUUAAAAAACAUCCGAAAGCCAGGCCAUCGUUUUUGUUGUCGUCUUUGCCAUCGUUUCACGAAGUUUGCUAUUUCCUGACCCGUGCGGCAGCGGCUGCGACAGCGUAUAACAAAUCGCACUAACCGUUCAAACGGUUUCUCUAUUCGCUGAUUCCGGCCAAUCGGCUAAUGCUGUACAAUCUGAAUCCUAAACAACACCAACACAACCAUCACCACCACCACCAGCAACAACAUAACGAUUGGUCAACUGAUGACAACAAUCAACAACAACAAUACAAUCCUAUAGGUGGUGGUACCUAAUACUGUCCGAUGAGUCCAAUGUUUAACGAUAAUGAUCCGUCAAUACAUGAGCCGAAAUGCGAUUGCUAUCAACAAAACACGACCACUACUACGGCUACCCCGUCAGUGGUGGUCAGCAACCGUAAUGACCGCACUACUGCCGGUCAUUUCGCUAGUAUUUGAGCGUAAAAUUAAGCUACAAUUGAGAGCCAAUCAAUGAACGGAUGACCAAAUUGUCGUGCAUAUCGAAGCUGUAAUCGGUCAGUUUGUUAAUCAGUAGGGUGUGCGGGCGAUAUUACUAUUACUACUUAUAUUACUAUAGUUGAGUUUAUUUUGUUAUACUGA